AAAAAUCACAAAAAAAAAACAAUUUUGUUUGAGUUUUAGUUUUUCUGGUUUGUUUAUUUUAAAAUGUAUUUUCAUUGAUCGUAGAUCAGUAAAACUGUUCACAAUAUUACUUUAAUCUCAUAAAGUAACGAAGAUGUCUGAAAAUACCGAAAAAGUGGAAAAUGCCGCAGAUGCUCGACGACGGAUCCUCAACAUCGCGGUUUCCACAGUUCUCUUGGAGACUGGCUUUGAUUCUGCUGACAAAAUGGCAUUAGAAACAUUAACGGAAAUGCUUCAGUGUUUUCUGACAGAAGUUGGUAACUCAGCAAAAGGAUACUGUGAAUUAGCUGGGAGAGUUGAGCCAGUUCCUGGUGAUGUUGUUAUGGCACUUAUUAACAUGGGUAUAAGUCUUCAAGGCAUAGAACAGUAUGCUGCACGUCCAAAUAGACAUGUGAUUCAGCCACCACAGCAGGCACCUGCCCCAAGAACUCCCGCAAUGCUCUCUGCAGGCUCCAAAGCAAAGCCAGCACCGCACAUACCCUUCCACUUGCCAGCAUUGCCUGAUCCUCAUGCCUAUAUUAGGACACCUACUCAUAAACAACCAGUCACAGAAUAUGAAGCGAUUAGGGAAAAAGCAGCAUCACAGAAGAGGGACAUUGAAAGAGCUUUGACAAAGUUCUUAGCUAAAACCAGCGAGACACACAACUUAUUUAAUACUGAAGAUAAUACAGUCUUUCCAUUGAUUGCCUGUAAGCCAACAUUUCCAGCAUACCUCCCAUGCCUAUUACCAACAGAUCAAGUGUUUGACUUUGAUGAGUUGGAAUACCACUUCCAAGUAGCUAAUAGGACUGAAGAUAUGCCUACAGAAAAGAAAGAUCAAUCUGACAAUGAAGGUGAUAAUGGUGGCGAUAAUGACCCAAAUGCAUCUCAGUCUGAAAACCAGGAUGCAGGACCUUCAAGCCCUGACAGAAGUAAAGCUGGUGGAUAGUUAUUUAAGUAGACUUCUAAAUAAUGUAAGAUAUUACAGUAAGGUCAAAUAAAAGUAUUUUUUAUA